CACGAGCCAACGCAUAGGCGCCAGUAGAAGACCCGUAACUAACUAACUAACAAAAAAACAAAAAAAAUACUUUAAUUAUUUACUAUUAAAAUGACGUCGUUCACAUAAACCGAGUCAAGGGCAAAGAGGUUAGCGUGUGAAAGAAAAGAAGUUCCUGGAAACAACAGAGGAGUGAGGUGGGACGCCGCGGUUCAAACUCAAAGAUUCCUCAGAGGCUUGACUUCUCUGCUCAGCCAUCACAACCUCACACAGCUCACAGCAGUUGGUGUCAUCCAGAAUACAGUCACAGCUCGGCGGGUUGAAGGAGCCAUUCAUUCUGACAUAUAACUUUGGGCAAUGUGUUUGCGACAACAGCAAUAGGUAUGAGCAGUGGAUUUUUAUAUCCUGUGUAAAGCAAAAUUUAGCAAACUGCAGCUACUUGAAACAACUUCCUCAUAAACUCAGAGCUAUUGACGACUUUGCUUCAGCCAUGAGUGGAAAGGGUUGUCAGCUCCUGGUGUCUCCUUGCAGCGUGUCCCCAUCACUAAGUAUGAUCAGAGGACACCAGUCCCAAUCCAUCAGGAUACCCAUGUCUAUCCCACAACGGGCCAAUCUUAGUCCCUCCUCGAGCAUGGAGAAAGUGAAAAAGGGAGCCAUGCAAUCCUUUGGUUCUGAAAAACAGAGCGGAAGCCAUGUUGUCCUGCCAACCCUGAGUCUCCACAGACAGGUGUUGACCAACGGCAAACAUAUAAACAUUUCGACUGCAUCCCCACACCAGCAAGUGCCUACUUAUCAUCCUACAUCCACCAUACAAAUGGGACGCUGCUCCAUUAACAACAGCUUCAAAGGUACAAACAAAGCAGGUUGCUCUGUGUCUGGGCCUACCAUGGAAGUAUUUGGUCAGCCAGCCACUGCUAACCUGACAGUGGCCAGCAGUCCUGUGACCCUUGUCAAAGGCCAACGGUGUACUGCAGGGCCGUCAGCACAACACCCUCCAUCACAUCCACACAGUGUGCAGAUUCCCCACACUGAUGCCAGAUCCUUACAGUCCAGAGAGUCCCUGGCAUCCACUACCCUUAGUCUGUUUGAAACACAGUCGAUGUUUAGUGGCAGACACGACUGGUCGUAUGGUUACCGGGUGCUUCCUCCACUGGGUCUUCCUCAGUGCUCCACGCAGGCCAGCGAGGGAGGUGAGCAGCCAAGCCUUCCUCCUGGCACGGCCAUGUCCGGCACAACUAUAUCAGGUGGCACUAGCACCUCUGCCUCCCUGCCCUCGUACCUCUUUGCAGGUGAUGCCGGAAGCCCCAGACAGUCUCGCGCUAAGAAAAGAGCACUCUCCAUGUCGCCAUUGUCAGAUGUCAUGGGUAUUGAUUUCAACUCCAUCAUACGCACCUCACCGACUUCACUUGUGGCUUAUAUCAAUGGUGCUCGCAUCUCUCCAGCCUCCCACCCCACACUCUCACCUGUCCAAUCAGAGGGUUACGGUCACUUCCUGGGCGUGAGAGGCCGCUGCAUCCCCUACGCCCAUCCCUACAACACGCCAGGUUCUUUGCAGGCCUCGGUCCCACACACAGAUUAUGGUCGUAUGCAGAUGCUUGAUGAGGGAGGGGGUCUGGAGAGCCAGAUGGCUAACAUGAUGGUGGACCAGCAGUGCCUCCCAGAGGAAGGAGGGGCGCUGGAGAAGACUUCAGAGAGCUGCAGCCAAACCAUCAACAACCUGCUGCCACCUCCACAGUUUCAGCCAGCCCUGCUGACUACUAUCCAAGAAGCUGAAACUCCACAUGGGCCUCCACCACCCUACCACUCACCCCAACACACCCACCUUACUAGACGCCACUGUAAAAUAAAGCCCCUUUCUCAGGACCCUCUCUCACACGCUCCCAUGGUUCAUCCCAGGCAUGGGGUGAGCUUUCAACCGCAGAUCCCUAUGCUGGAGGAGGAAGAAGGAGAGCUGGAGGACUAUGGGACCCACAGCUGCAGGUGGAUAGACUGCAGAGCAGUCUAUGACCAAAGGGAGGAGCUGGUAAGGCACAUAGAAAAGCAACACGUGGACCAGCGGAAGGCUGAGGAUUUCACAUGCCACUGGGUGGGCUGUCCACGCAACUUCAAGCCCUUCAAUGCCAGAUACAAGCUUCUUAUCCACAUGAGGGUCCAUUCAGGAGAAAAACCCAACAAGUGCACGUUCGAGGGCUGCAAGAAGGCUUUCUCUCGGCUAGAAAAUCUGAAGAUCCACCUGCGUAGCCACACGGGGGAGAAACCCUACCUGUGUCAGCACCCAGGCUGUCACAAGGCCUUCAGCAACUCAAGUGACAGAGCUAAGCACCAGCGUACACACCUGGACACAAAGCCAUAUACUUGCCAGGUGCCUGGCUGCGCAAAGCGCUACACUGAUCCCAGCUCCCUGAGGAAACACGUGAAAUCCCACUCUACUAAAGAACGACAGUUACGGAAGAAGAUGAAAUCCACUGCUGAUGUGACUCAGGACACACUGACAGACUGUUUAACCAUCCACCCUUUGCAACCAAGCCUUUCUCCUCUGACAAGGAUAGACUCUUCCCCUGGUGCAUCCCAUGAGUCCUAUUCUGCUGCUCCACAGGGACAAGACUCCUCUAGCAAUCCUCACCUGGCUCUGUUGUGCUCCUUUCAAGAUAAUUACAGGUUUGUUGAUCCCUCCCCUCACCAGCUCCUCCCCGGGGACCAGUGUGGGCCUUGCUCUCCCACCUGCCUACCGCAUCCUCCCAAUGGGACAUCCCUACAGAACAACCCAGAUCUGAAGCAGCCCAGCGAGCCUCCUGAUCUGGCAGAUUACAAUCCAGAGCUCUCAGGGCAGAUUAAGAUGCUAUAUUCUCCUCCACAAUAUGGAGGGAUCACGGCACAGACUAGCUCGAGUCACCUGAUGCAAGUUGAUGCCUUUGGUGACAGCCUCGCUCCAGCAGUCAAUAAUCCCAAUGGGGUGGCCGCCUUAGAAACAGCUCUUUCCUGCAUUACAGGAUUUGAUGUCCACAGUCAAGCACAGGAUGUGGAUCCUAAUCAAGAAUUGCAUGGAGGGGAUAUCUUCAGUGUAAUGGACCACUGCACAAGCCUGGUCUCCUGCAUCUACACAGAGGGAUGAUUAUUAACUCAAUUGUGGGUUUUGUUCCGUUGCACUAUUUUGUGUCCCUGUUCCAUUUAAGUGAAAUGAUCGAAUAGGAAGAACACUUUAGAUGACGCCACAAUGUUUCGGCAGUUUCAUUUGGCAAAAUAAAAUUAUAUUUCAUCAAUUGGUUGAUAAAGGAAUUGACUUUCAUUCUCAGUGCAAGUCUCUCUCUCUCUCUCUCUCUCUCUCUCUCUCUCUCUCUCUCUCUCUCUCUCUCUCUCUCUAAAUCUCUAUAAAUGUACUGUCUGACUCAACACUCUGGCUUCUGCCUCCAUAAUCGAUGUAUACUAAUGACUGAGGUUACAGGAUUUUAACGUUUACUUUCUUAGUUUGUAUACAGCUUUUGUAUAACAAUGUUCAUGUAGUAAGUAUUGUACUUCAAGUAGUUUCUGGUGACGUGUUGCACAAUAUUUAACACUUUAAUCAAAGCAAAGUAUGCAAGGGAUCUUUUAUUAAGGUUUUUCUUAGAACCACGGCAUUGUAACUAUAGUAACAAGACAGCCUUACCAUUUCACUUUAAUGUUCAUAGACAUAACCUAUUAUUUGAGUAUGGUACUGUAUGUGCUGUGAUUUCUUCUGUGCCUUCAUCAUGGGGUGGAUUUUAGUUGGUGACUAUACAAGUGAUUUUGCAUAUUUUAGGUUAUUUACUGUAAAUGUCUUACAGUUCACAUUGUAGUUGACUCUUUCUAAAAGCAUGGCAUAGUGCUGUACAUUGUUUUUAACCUGUUUUUUUUUGGUUUGAUUGUUUUCUACAGCUAUUCAUCUCAGUUCAUUUCAAUGUGGUAUGAAGAUGUACUUGAACUUGUAUGAAGGUACAUUACUGUUGCAUGUUAAUGCAGUGAAGACUUUUCAA